AGAGAGGAGGAGGAGAAAGAGGGGGUUGGCUUCAGUGUGAUGUGAAUGGAGCACAAGCGAGAGAGAGAGAGGGUGGGAGGAAGACAGCACACAUCAACCUGCCUCUUGACUUAGCGAACAGAAAACAGACACAUUGGGAAGUGUGUAUGAUUGUUUGCUCUUUUUUUAUUUUCAGACAGAGGAAGAGAGCAAGAGACAGGAGGAACUAAGCCAAGUGGAGGAGGUGAGCGAGCCCCACCGUGGAGAUAGAUAGCAGAAAAAUGCUGCCAUGGGGAGAGAAGGGGAGGGAGUCGGCCGAGAGGAAGAGGAUGAAACGAGACCGGGUGGAGCGGAGCUGAAAUGUUGGAGGCGCUGAAAAAUACCAUGUUGGGGGUGCAGACAGGGCCUUGUCGAAGAGGAAGAAGAAUCAGGCCACAGUGAUGGUCCACCUCAGUCCGCAGGAAGCGGCAGCUUGCAACUCCCGGAUCACUCCCAAAACUCCCUGCCGAGCACCCGGUUGAACCUCCGCUACAUUCGCAUUGCUUCAUCAUUCACACUCUGCGUGUACAGUCGAGACCAUUUCAAGUGAUUUGAAACGGGACUUACAGUAAUGCGUCACGUUCGCUGAAUAGAGGUUCACGCUUCACAUCUGGUUCAUAUUGGUGAUCCCAUCAUUGGAUUGGAGGUCAUUUCCCUGGCAACAUGCAAUCCGACGACCUUUUUGUACGCAAGUUCCGGCGCCAGAACGUGCGGCCACCUGUCGCAGCCGUCAAUUUUGAUCCCAAACGGGAGGCGGGCGUGGUGGAGUGGCCACCCAGGAGGGAGGGAGAUGGGUCCGAUGGAGACAACCUGACCCCAAGUCGGGCGGGCCUGACACUUCGCGCGGUGGGCCGGGGCCACAUCAUGCAGAGGAGCAACAGCGAUGUGACUUUAGGGGACUUGGACUCUGGAGGGAAGGCUGGAGGGAAAGCUACUCGGGCGGUUGGCGAGAAGGUGGGCGUGGGGGCUCAGGGAGACUCUGGGGCGCUGCUACACAGGGAAUAUGGCAGUCUCUCCUCACUGGAGAGACAGACUCAAGUCCAGGAUGCAGGAACUGCAAACCAAGGGCCCCUUAGCCCAAAUGCCCUCCGCUUUAAAGACCCCUUCCUGCUUUUAGGACUCCAAGGCAACCCGCCGGAACCUGACGGCUUCUUCCGAGGCUUGGCUUCCGUCACGGGGGACUCCCCAAAACCCGCAAAGCCACCCAAGCCUGAAGGUCUCAGUAAGAAGUCCAAACCUGUGCCCCCUCAAAUCCCUCAGCCAGGUGCUUAUGAUACCAUCGGGGGUGGCGCUUGGGUGAGGAACUUUGCCCACUAUGACGUUCAGAGCAUCCUCUUUGACCUCACAGAGGCAGCCACCAACAGAGACAGCAUUGGACGCAAAAAGAAUAUCACCUCAGGGGCCUCUGCUGCCUCCCAGAUGCGGCCCCUCUCCCAGGGCACGCCCUCCUCCCCUGCACUGGGCGGCGUGGGCAACUGCGGCAUGGAUGACCCCGAGCAGUCGCUGCUGCUGGAUGAAGGGGACGGCAACGACAACGAGCUCCUCCUCAGCUGCCCCCACUUUCGGAAUGAGACGGGUGGAGAGGAGCAGGUGGGCCUGGGUCUGGGCCUGGGUCUGGGCCGAUCCCAGGCCAGACGGGGGCUAUGGCUGAGCCCGCGAACCCCCAACGAUGCGGCGUCAGUCCUGGAGGAGCCCAGGGAAAGUCACAUCCAGCAGCAGGGCAAAAGCAACUAUUUCAUCGAACACGCAGAUCUGGGGGCACAUUAUUAUCGCAAAUAUUUCUACAUGAAAGAACAUCAGAAUUUCUUUGGAAUGGAUGAUCGUCUCGGGCCAGUGGCCAUCAGUUUCCGCAGAGAGGAAAAGGAAGGCACCAGUGGAGCUCAGUACAACUACAGAAUCAUCUUUCGCACCACAGAGAUGAAGACACUGCGAGGCUCCAUCUUGGAAGAGUCUGUUCCCUCAGCCGCCCGUCACACGACCCCUCGAGGUUUGUCUCCCAAGCGGCUGCUGGAGUUCAUCAUGCCCGAACUCAACCUGCACUGCCUUCGCUUGGCAUCAAACUCCCCCAAGGUCCGCGAUACCUUGCUCAAGCUGGAUGAACAGGGGCUAAAUUUUCAGCGAAAGGUCGGCAUCAUGUAUUGCCGAGGCGGUCAGAGCUCCGAGGAGGACAUGUACAACAACGAGAGCUCCGGUCCGGCAUUUGAGGAGUUUCUGGAUCUGCUGGGUGAUCGUGUGCGACUGAAGGGCUGGGAGAAAUACCGAGCUCAGCUGGACAACAAGACUGACUCGACGGGGACUCAUUCGCUGUACACACGCUACCAGGACUAUGAGAUUAUGUUCCAUGUGUCCACCAUGCUUCCCUACACAGCCAACAACACUCAACAGUUGCUGAGGAAGCGCCACAUCGGCAACGACAUUGUAACCAUUGUGUUCCAGGAGCCGGGCGCGUUGCCCUUCACGCCAAAAUCCAUCCGCUCCCACUUCCAACACGUCUUCAUUAUCGUUCAAGUUCACGAGGCCUGCACGGACAACACUUAUUACAGGGUGGCUGUGACACGCUCUAAAGACAUGCCAUUAUUUGGGCCGCUCUUCCCCAAGGGCGCUCUCUUCCCUCGCUCGCCAGCCUUCCGAGACUUCCUCCUGGCCAAGGCAGUCAAUGCUGAGAACGCCGCAGAAAAGUCUGAAAAGUUCCGCUCCAUGGCCACCCGCACACGUCAAGAAUACCUGAAGGACUUAGCUGAAAACUACGUGACCACAACGCCUAUCGACUCCUCCACUAAGUUCCCGCUGCUCUCCCUGGGAGGCAAGCGCAAAGACAAGUUGAAGGGCGCCAAAGGGGCGGAGCUGCAUAGUGCCGGGGCGCUGGUGUGGGCCGUCAUGGUGGACAGCGGGGAGGAGGGCGAGGCGGCAGAGUACAAGCUGCCCUGUCUGCUGGGCAUCUCGGCCGAGUCGGUGGUGCUCAUCGAGAGGUGCACGCGCAGGGUGGUAUUUAACUGCUCCUGCAGGGACGUCAUCGGAUGGAAAGCAGUGGCCCAAACAAAAGAUGGCGGGCCAUGCUUGGACAUCUUCUAUGAGCGCGGCGAGUCCGUGUGCAUUAGCGUGAUGGAGAGCCAGACUGAGGAUUUAAAAGAGGUGGUGCAGAGGCUGGAGUUGGUUACUCGGGGGUGUGAGGCCCUGGAGGUCACCCCGCUCCGUGACGGCGUGGGCCAGCCUGGCUUUCUGAUGAACGAGGAGGGCUUUGUGACAGAGCUGCAGCGGUUCUGCUAUGCCGAGAGCGGCGGGCUGCAGCUGUGGGCUCGCGUGGUGCGCCUAUGCGGCCACUCUCUGGUCCACCUCAGCACAGAAGAGAGGAGCAGGCUGCUCCGCACGGCGCACAAGAUCCACAUCACCGUCAUCCCGCCAGACGAGAACGGGAAACCCCGCAGGAGCUUCUCUGAGCUGUACCAGAAAGCCAUCAAGGAUGCUGAGUGUAAGCCUGGCGAGGACCAGUCCGGUGAGGCCUGGGUGCUUGAUGAGCGGGAGAUAAAAGAGGAAGACGGGGACAAGCAGCCUAAGGAGGAUAGCGUUAAUGAGGCGGACGCAGCCGAGGACCAGGUGGAAGGCGAUGGGGCAGAAGAGCAUCAAGGGCAAAGUGAAAGAGAUGACCCGGACUCGCUCCUGGUGCCACCAAGCCUGCCCUUAUUACGGGCCACCUCCCUGCAGGACCAAACGUCCACUCAGGAGCAGGAGUGCUCGCAGCUCACACGCAGCUUCUCUUUAGAGAGGCAUUCAUCCUACAGCCAAACAUCCGAGGGACACAUUUAUGACAACGUGGCCUUGAAAGAGAACCGCCACAUCUACGAAAAUGUCGGUGAGCUGAUAGAUAACGCGCCCGAUCUAAUACUGGCGGCCAAGCCCAAAUUUGCCCUGGAGGACGAGCAGUUCAUUGGCGACUUUGGUGAUGAGAAAGCUUCAGCGAGCGAAUCGUCUCUGUCCUCCUCAAGGUUGUCAUGUGUGGACCGAGCUGAGAGGAACUCACGAGCCUUAAGUCUUCACAACUCCAUCACCAAGAUUCUCUCCGAGACGACGGAUUCCACCGAAGAAGAGUGGCAGUCCAUCGCUGACCUGGCCACAGCCUGCCGCAGCAUCCUGGAGGCGCUGUCACGCGAGGAUCGUAAAGCUGGAGACCAAUCAGGAACUGACACGGAUGGCAAGUUCAACACAAAGGAAAGUGACUCUCCAGGCUACCUUGAGGAGAAAGUGUCACAACUGGAGGCCAUGCUGAAGAAGCUGCAGGAUGACCUGCAAAAGGAGAAGGAGGACAAGGCGGUGCUGCAGGCCGAGGUGCAGAGCCUGCGGCAGAACAACCAGCGGCUGCAGGAGGAAUCGCAGAGCACGGUAGCACGCCUCAUCAAAGUCACCGAGCUGCUGUGCAACGUCAACAAACCCAGUUAGCGCACGCCGCCUCCUCUAAAAGCAACUCCGGCAAACAACAAUCAGCAGAACGAUGUGCGUGUGAUCUGAUCCGUCCCCCUGACGCACGUCCACAUCCUCCGACUGGACUUGCCUGCUGGUGAAGGUGUAUGCAAAUGGACCCUGAAAAGUAAUGACAUUCCCUUGCAAGUGUGUACUUCUGGCUGCUGUUAUUCUGCUAUGAUCUCUUUAUGUGUGGGUGCGUGUGCACAUCUCUUACUGUACUUUGCUUCAAAUACUUGACAAGCUGGGCAGAUCAGCACUUCCAUUUGAAGUUACGACUGAGAGCAUGUUUAUCUGAAAAUUGACCAAAAGUGUACACAGACAGCUUAUAGAAUCACAUGUACACUAUGUGUGCGUGUAGCGUGUGUUAAAUGUGAUGAGUAGUGUUACAUUAUCGUGUGGAAGGUGUGUUUAAAAAAUCUGAGGAAAAGGGGGCCAAUUGAAAGCCUCUCUAGAAUGCCAAUCUCUUGCUUCUUAGUAGUACUGUACUCAAGUUUUAGAAAGGGAUGCUGCUAAUAAUCCCUUGAGUAAUUAAAAAGAGGGAAACCUGCACAUAUGAGGACAAAUAAGAUGAGCCUGAAAAAGGGGGUCAGCCUCCCUUGAAGACACACAAUGGCAGGAAAGAACAGCUUCCUUCCACAACUUGUUUUCCUCGAACCUCACUUAAUAUUGUAGCAGCCAUACUGUAGAAGUUCUCCUCCUACUGGCCUCGGCGCGCCAAACGGCAGCUUUGAUAGAUUUUGUGUCAAUGAAACAAAUAUCAAACUAGAAUACAAUGGUCUGUGACUGCUGGCUGGCCUUUAAGUGGUAGCAGUGAGAGGAAAUCUUCCAAACUUGAUUUUUUUUUUUGUCUUUCUAGAUUCUUUGCACUUUUUGGGUAAAAUCAGCACUGGACAGAGGCACAUAUUGGAUUUGAUUUUUUCUGCUUGUGCUCUUAUCUUACCUCACUUUUUUUUGUUUGUGUGGGCCCACCGCCAACAUGACGUGUUUAAAAAAAGAGACUGACUGGUUUUCCUCAGUGCCAACUAACGCCCGGGCAGCUCAGAAUCAAGAUCCUUUUAUCAAUUGCGUUUCCAACAUCUACUUAGACUCUCAAUGCCCUUGUUUGGUGUACAAAGUUUUCUCUUGUAAUUUUAUUUUAGAGUCACUGUGAAUACCUGGUACCAGCAUAUUAAGAUACAGUAUAUAGAGAUUUAAUGAUGAAUCUAAUAAUGAUUAUCCGUAUGUGAGGAUGCUUUGUACAGCUCCUGUUAUACAGAUCUUGUGGACAUGCUGAAGCCUCUGGACUGAACUAUCGGUGUGAGAAGAACUGUGUCUCGUAUUGUUGUUUAGAUUGUGAGAGGUCGGUGAAGCAUGAGAAUGUGCCAAGCAACAUCCAAACUUUCCCUCCGUAUGUGUAUGUGUGUGCGUCAAAAUGUAACUUAUUAAUCAUGCAAAUGUGGAUUUUAUUGUCGCAGUUGAAACUUGAGGGAAGCUGAUCGGAAGCAAAAUGUGAACAAGCAGAGAGGGGCAAGGCGUGCUUGGUUUGAAAUGUGACUUUGUAUUAUCGUAGGAAGCCAGCAGUGAUUAAAUCAUAUCUGUAAAGCUCAUAUUCUAGCUUUCACAAGGUCUUAAACAACAUUAGGUACGCCUUAACGAGCAAGGACGGUCAAAGUACGAGUUCUCUGACUUUGUGCCUACCUGAAAUUUUCAUGUAUGUUUAGCCAGCUCACUUUUCUCAUUUCUUUGUCCCAUGCUUGCACUGACUUGAGGUUUUGGUUGCAGAUGAAAAUCUUAACAUCUGAUCUGAUGUGUGAGCAAAACAGAUUUGAGAUGAUUUUGAUGAUGAUGCGUGGGGGUUGCUGAGGCUUCACAACAAAAUGUUGUAAGUGAAGCAAUCGGACAACUGUAGGAUUUCUAAACCUGAAUUAAAGUGGAAAUGGGUGCUUAAUUGAUGAUGCAUUGCAAUCAAGUUGAAUGUCCUAUUUUUUUCUCGGGUAUUAUGUUUAAAAAUAAAUCCAUUGAUUUUUAAAGACACAA